AUGUGCCUCUGCUACGUGUUUUCGUCCGGUGGGGUCGUUCCCUCUCUCCCUUUUCAGUGGAUGCUCCAAACGCCCAAGGCGGUGUCGUACAUGGGGUGCAUCGGCAGGGACGAGUUCGGGCAGGAGAUGACCAAGAACUGCACGUCCGUGGGAGUCAAUGUCCACUAUAGGGAGGACGACACCACGCCAACUGGCACGUGCGCCGUCCUUAUUGUUGGCGGCGAACGGUCGUUGAUCGCCAACCUGGCAGCGGCCAACUGCUACAAGGUCGAUCAUCUGCACGCGCCAGAGAACUGGGCGCUAGUGGAGAGGGCGCAGUUCUACUACAUCGCGGGGUUCUUCCUCACCGUGAGCCCCGAGAGCAUCAUGGCCGUCGCCAAGCAUGCAGCGGAGAACAACAAGGUGUUCACCAUGAAUCUGGCGGCGCCCUUCAUCGCACAGUUCUUCACACAGUCGCUCAUGGACGCCCUCCCGUGA